AUGGCUCCGUCUCGCCUCGUCUUCCUCCUCUCCACCCUCCUCCUCCUCCUCCCCUUCUUCCUCACCUCCGCCGACGAAGACGACCAGUGCGUCUACACUCUCUACGUCAGCACCGGCACCGUGAUCAAGGCCGGCACCGACGCCACCAUCGGACUCACGCUAGGCGACGAGGCAGGGCAGUCGUUCACGGUGAGGGACCUGCGCAAAUGGGGCGGCCUCAUGGGCGCCGACCACGACUACUUCGAGCUCGGCGCCCUCGACGCCUUCAGCGGCCGAGGGCCCUGCGGCCUCCGCCUCCCCAUCUGCCGCAUCAACCUCACCUCCGACGGCGCCGGUCGUCACCACGGCUGGUACUGCGACUACCUCGAGGUGACCGCCACUGGGCCCCACCUCCCCUGUUCCCAGACCCUGUUCUACGUCCGCCAGUGGCUCGCCACCGACGCCCCGCCAUACAGCCUCUACGCCACCGUCGACGGCUGCGAUCAGCUCCAGGGAGCUCCUCGCCAGCCGACCGAUCAACGCCGCCUAGUCGUCGGAGAUGGCGCCGCCGAUGCUCGUGAUUCUUCUUCUCUGUCUUCCUCCUCAACGCCUGUUGACUCCGCGUGAUCACAUAGCGAGAAGCAUAAUGCAUCUGAUAGAAAAUAAUAAUCAUGAAGAAUUCUCCUGCUUUUCUG